UGCCCAGCCAAACUACAUAUUUGACUCACUACAGCCGCGGCGAGCUCGCACUCCAGCUUGGCGUUCAGUGUGGUUCAGACGCUCUGAUCCUUUCAUUCAGUUUCUUUUGUUUUUAGUUUGCGCGGACACCAUCGACACUAAGCAGCCAUGGAUGCCAUCAAGAAGAAGAUGCAGAUGCUCAAGCUCGACAAGGAGAACGCCAUGGACAGAGCUGAGCAGGCCGAGUCAGACAAGAAAGCAGCUGAGGACAGGAGCAAACAGCUUGAGGAUGACCUGGUAGCACUGCAGAAGAAGCUGAAGUCAACUGAGGAUGAGUUGGACAAGUACUCUGAAGCCCUGAAGGAUGCCCAGGAGAAACUGGAGCUCGCUGAGAAGAAAGCCACAGAUGCUGAGGGUGAUGUAGCUUCCCUGAACAGACGUAUCCAGCUGGUUGAGGAGGAGUUGGACCGUGCUCAGGAGCGUCUGGCCACAGCUCUGACCAAGCUGGAGGAGGCUGAGAAGGCUGCUGAUGAGAGUGAGAGAGGCAUGAAGGUCAUUGAAAACAGAGCAAUGAAGGACGAGGAGAAGAUGGAACUGCAGGAGAUCCAGUUGAAGGAGGCCAAACACAUUGCAGAGGAGGCUGACCGCAAAUACGAGGAGGUGGCCCGUAAGCUGGUGAUCAUUGAGAGUGACCUGGAACGUACAGAGGAGCGUGCUGAGCUGUCUGAGAGCAAAUGUUCUGAGCUUGAGGAGGAGCUGAAAACCGUGCAGAACAACCUGAAGUCUCUGGAGGCCCAGGCAGAGAAGUACUCACAGAAGGAGGACAAGUACGAGGAGGAGAUCAAGGUUCUUACAGAUAAGCUGAAGGAGGCUGAGACUCGUGCUGAGUUCGCUGAGAGAUCAGUCGCCAAGCUUGAGAAGACCAUUGAUGACCUGGAGGACCAUCUAUACAAGCAGCUUGAGAAAAACCGUCUUCUGACCAAUGAACUGAGAGUAGCCUUAAACGAGGCUUAAACUGGAAUGGGCUCUUAUGCUUUCAUUCUUCUGAAACUCAACAUGUCCAGGCAUAUUGUCUAAUGCUGUGAUAUGAGAGAGUAGACAACUGUGUCUAUGCCACAAAACUUAACAAACCAAGUAAUGCUUUCAACAAAGUGGAAUACUAAUGUAAGAUUUUCACAUUAUGCAUGCUCAAACUGCAGUUUCAGAUGGGAGGCCAGACAACCUUAGGUUAUGAAAAGUUGUGGAAUGGAUUUGAUAUAUUUUCUCAAUUAUCAACAGGGCUGUAGCACAUCAGUCCAGUCGAAAUCUGCAUGGUGCUCAGGGCUCGACAGUAAUGGUUGCCAGGUUGCCAUUGGCAACCAUUUUGAGAAAUUGACAACAAAUUCUUUGCCUUUGGUUGCCAACAGUGGCAGACACUUUUCGAUUUUGAGCUUUGAAAUCAAACGCAGAAUAUGUAUUUAUGUAUUCUCUCGACUAUUUUAGCGCGUCCGAAAUAAAAACACUUCAGAGAGACACAGCGUAGCUCGCCUGCAGCCUGCAGCUGCACUUUUCGAGACACCCAGGGACACACGCAGGGGAAGUAGUCAGACCGUCCGAGAGUGUCCGUACCUAGCCUGGCAGCGCAUCCAAAAAGUCCGCCGGCCGUCCUUACAGUCCGGAUCCGUCUUCUCUUCACCCACCACGCCAUUUACCCACAAACCUCUCGUUCAUCGUCCCGGCCGUCCAUUCCUGGGAGCCUGCGGCCUCGUCUGGAGUACGGAGUACAGGAGGUGACAAUCGUGACACCCCUACUUUUUAACCCACAUAAGGACCGCAAAACGUGCACCGCAAAAUAAAUCAGUUUUUAAUAUUUGUUGUGUUAGUGAUAUUUAAAUAUUGCUGUAUACAGUCUGAAACAGAACGAGACAACGCUGCACGUGCGUUGGUGUGUUGACGCGCAGAGGCAUCUGUUUUAGAAACAAUGGCGAAGCAAAUUAAGUUGUUCGACUAACCCGUCAACAUCACAAACGAAUGCUGGUAUUUUGUAUACCAGGAGUUGAGGGUGGACACGUUAACUGAUAACACUAAAGAUUAAAAUUCAAACAGAUAAAACGCAAACUUCGGUUCAGUUACUGUAAUAAAGCUUUUAAACAUUCUUUUUUUGUCACAUUUUUAAUAUUAAACUGACAUAACUACAUAGUAUCUUAAUUACUCAAAAUACAAGGUGAGUAAAAAUGGCAACCAAAAGCUGAUGCCUGGUUACCAGCCUGCCAACCACUCUUAAAAGUUAGUGUUGAGCCCUGAUGCUCUGAAGGUAAAGGCUGGUGAUGAUGCAAGUGGCCUUAGGGAAGGCUUAUAAAAUGCUUCAAGGGGCAGAGUACCAGGGGCACAAUAUCUUUUUUUUUUUUUUUUUUUUUUUUUUUUUAAAUACUUCUAAUGGCUUGACUUUUAUAUCUAAACACACAUUUUCAACAAAAAUGCUUAAUGAAUGCUAACUUUUUGCAAGUAUAAAUUGAAAAUCACAAUGAAGUGUGGUCAGCUGUGCUGAGAACCAAACAUUACUUUCUUUGAAGUUUUUUUUUUUUUUUUCAUCUGUAGCAUUUCAGUCAGGACAUAUGUCAGUGGUUUGACCUUUUUUUUGCAUUAACAAUAUAUUUGAUUUUGGUGAACCCUGUGAAGUUCCAGAGCAAAUCUGAGUAAGCUUGACAGACUGUCCAUGAUCUCACAAUCUGAAUGAGCAAACCCUCUGAAUUCACUAAAGUCUAAAUAGUAACAGAGGAGGGAGCGUGCUUUGGUACAUGUAGAGAGAAUUUGCCCCAUAUCUGUUUAUAUGAGCCAACUUGUUAGAGAUAUGUUGUCAUAUAUGAUUGGAAAGUAGGUAUAUGGAGCAUGUCCCUGUCACAAUCACUGCAAUGCUACAUUUGCUGCAGUCUGUCACUUAGUACAGUGUUUGUCAAAAAAUUGAUUAAAAAAACAAAGAAAACAACAACAUGGAAAUUAACAGUACAGCUUUAGAGUAAAAUGACCAGGAUGAUAGGAUAAAA